CGCAAAACACUCCCACCGCCACCGCCACCACCACCAACCCAGCCAGCCCUCGCUCCGCUGCAGAGAGUGUUGGUUGUGCUUGGGUGAGGUGUUCGUGCAUGUGCCCCAUCAUCACCGCUUUGCUCUGGACAUACCCACCACGCUGAGGCAUUCACCAACAUCCACGUUCAUCGCCAAGCCAACAACAGCGAAGAAGCAAAGAAGAACGAUGAAAGACCUGUAUGCUGUGCUGGGGAUCAGCGCGGCAGAGGCGGCAGCGUCGGAGGACGCGCUGCGUCGCGCUUACCGCGCUCAGGCCCUCAAAUGGCACCCAGACAAAAACAACACAAAGGAGGCCGCAGACAAGUUCCAUGAGGCAAAGCAGGCCUUCCAAGUGCUCUCGCACCCCGUCAGGAAACAGGUGUACGACAACGGUCUCUACGCCUCCGUCGAAGACAUCAUCAGCAACCCGCUCUUCGACCGCGCAGACUUCAACCUCCAGGACGCCUUGCUCACGCUCAAACUGCAGGCGUCAUACACCCGCCCGCGGCCCCACGCUCAUGCACACGCGCCAUCCCCCACACAGCCACACGAGCCAGAGACGCACUUGUUCACAGCAACUGCUGCUGCUGCCGCCACCCAUCAACACCAUCCCCAGCAGCAGCGCCACAGCUUUUCUGGGCGACGUGCCACCUCCAUGCGUGACCCGCGUCGCUGGCGGCAACAGCAGCAAGCAUACCAACACCAACACCAACAACAACAACAGCAACAGCAACAGCAAGGUGGUGGCAAUUGGAUGCCGCCCUCUCGCGAACAUGUGCGACACAGCUUCAUCGACGACACCAACCUGCACUACAGCGCACACGCUUUCACAUCAGCGUCACAGCCGCAACCACAAACACGCACACAGCAAAAACACACACACCAGCAACCUCAACCACAAACACACACACAGCACCCGCAACCACAACCGUCAACAACAGCUGCAACUCCAUCACAGAGACAACACAGCCAGAGCUUUCGCCACAACCGGCCCACUGCCACAACCGCCAGCCAUGCACACUCACCGCCUCGUCCCCACCCCAAGUCGGAGCAGCCUUCACCGCGCAGGGAUGGUGGCGUCAACAGCACAACACAUCCUGCGCAGCCACCACCAUCAACCCCACCGGGCGCGUGCUCUGGGCGGUUCAGCUCAUCGUCGUCAGCAUCAACACCAUCCACAUCGUCGUCCACGCUCUCUCCGCCCACAUGCCCCUACACUCCCGUCUCAGCCACACCACACGCAGCACCACCGACACACGACAGUCGGCCCGAAGACCAACACCUCCACCACCACGCCUCCAGCACACCAACAGCGCAUGACACAGCUAGUGCAGCAGAGCACGCGCAUGUGACGCCGGGGCCAAGCUACAAGACGCUGCCCGUCACGCUUGAGGAGCUGUACAACGGGUUUGUGAAGCGGCUCAAGACCACGCGGUAUGUGGAGGUGUCACCCGGCACGUUUGACACGGAGCAGAUUGUGCUAACGGUGGAAGCGCAGGCCGGGUACGAGGACGGCACGCAGAUCACGUUCGCCGGCGCCGGCAACCACUUGUACGGCGAAGACCCCUUUCCCGUCAUCAUCACACUGCAGGAGCAGCCGCACAGCGUGUUCCGUCGACAAGGGGCCGACCUUCACGUGCUGGUGCGCGUGCCGCUGCUUGGCGCGCUGUUUGGGCACACCACAGACAUCCCCACCAUCACCGGUGGCACGCACCACCUCCCCAUGGACAGCGUCAUGCCAGGACAGGUUGUCACCAUCCCUGGUCUUGGCAUGCCAUGCACUUCAACACCAACAGCAGCAGCGCAGUCGACACAACACGAAGCAAAGGAGGCAGAACAGCCGCAACACCAUGAUGGGACCCACCACCACAACAACAACAACAACAACAACAACACCACCACCACCAGCAGCAGCAGCAGCAGCAGUAACAACGCCAGAAGUAACGACAAGACGAACAGCAGCAGCAGCAGCAGCAGCAGCAGCAGCAGCAAGCGCAUGACUGCGAGUGACUUUGAGAAGCUCACGCACACACACGGCGACUUGCUUGUGGAGUUCCAGAUCAGCGUGCCCUCGACCGUGAAGCGACACCUGCAGCCAGAGUCACCAGAUGCGCCGACCAGCUGGCGACACGUCAGGCUCCACUGCACCGCCUGCAAGGAUCCUUUCUUCGAGAGCGACAACAUGGACGGCUCGUGCUUCGUGCACCCGGGCCAGCUUGCCGGCGAGACCAGCGUGCGCGUGUCGUGCAACGCCACGCAGGUGGAUGUCCAGUCCACCCUGCAGCGGUGGUCGUGCUGCGGCGCGGAAAAGGGCGCGCUUGGCUGCGAGGAGCGCGGCAGGCACGUGGCGAGCCAGGAGCAGGUGUGGCGGGCAAAGGAGACGGCAGCUUACAACUCGCUGCGCAUCGCCGUCCGCAAGAACAGCUAUCUCACAUGCGCCUACCACCUCCUCUCCUGCAGCCACGCCAGCCUGGACACGCCAGCCACGCUUGCCCAGCAGAACGGCAACUUUUUUGCGCUCGUGCUGCUGCUUCGCGCGGGUGCAGAUCCCCCGCAUCUCGAGGGCACAGCCGCUGCCCUGGCCACCGCAGCGGCGCGCAGUAAACGUGUCGUGCGUGAUUUCAACCGCAUUAUCACGGGCGACCCACACAUGGUUGAUCUCGUUGCGCGCGUGCCCGGCGCAAUGCAGGCGGCGUUUACCCAAGCGGCACUGCGCGGUGACUGCGACACAGCGCACCUCGCCCUGUCCCACUCCAGCGUUGGCCCCGUCAAGUGCGGUCUGCGCGAGAACAGGGAGAUGGCGGCUGACCUGCUGCACUGGUGCUGCGAGAAGGGGCAUGUGCCCUGUGCAACGCUGAUGCUGGCUGCUGGGCACGUGCCCGACGCCACAAACGACACGCUGCGACGCACCCCGCUCAUGACGGCCGUUGCCUGCAACGAGGAGGAGAUGGUGCAGCUGCUGCUGUCCUCUGGUGCCGACCCCAACGCGUGCGCGGAUGUGCUCAUCUCGCCCGGCAAGCCGCGCCUCGUUGCAGAACGGGCGACGCGCCCCCUGCACAUUGCGGUGACCAAGGCCCACCCGCGCGUGGUUGCGCUGCUGCUGCAAGCUGGUGCAAGCGUCGACUGGGCGUCGCCGCUCGAUGGGCGCACGGCACUGCAUCUGGCGUGCCAGCGCGGCAAGGCGGUGGUGGUGCGGCUGCUGGUGGCCAGUGGGGCGCGCACAAACCCUGCCGACAACCGCGGUGUGCGCCCUCUCACGCUUGCGCUGACGGAAGGGAAGGACAGGCGCGUGCUGACGAUUCUUCAGCCGGCAGUGGUGCAGGAGGCGCUCCAAUCCAUGGCGGGCUUGACGGUCGUCAAACUCCUGUACGAACACCUCAUGCACAAGCCGCUCUCCGCCAAGUGCACAUCACGGUUGGGCCUGUCGCAGGUGGACGAGCCGACGACGUACCUGCAGGUGGACCGGAGCGUGCUGCGUGCAAGCAUCACCGUGCUCGACUCUGCGCUUCGCGACCUGUGCACGUAUGCGAGCGGCACGAUGACGGAAGCGACACACGCGCGGGACACGGACGACAUUGGCGUGUCUGGUCGCGGUGACGUGCACACGGCUGUGGUGCAUGCGCUGCGGGUGUACGAGUCGUGGUGCGAAGGGCGCGACGCGCCGAGUGCGGCCACACUGGCCAAGGGCCGGCGUGCGCUGGAUGCGCUCAUCUCGUGCGGGAUUCGCGUGAAGACGCUGCUGCAGAAGCAACUGAGCGACUGCGAGGAGGAGAUGCUCGCCGCCUCUGCCCAGUCCCAAUCGCAAUCAUAA